AUGUCACGAAUAUAUCGAUUGCGUUUAACACAUAAACGAGAAGGAAUACCGAAACUUAUUCAAAAUGAUACUGAACAAAUGUUGUCGAAAGUCACACAUAAAAAUUCUAAUAGAGUAUUAACACCAAAAUCUCUUCCUUCAGUUGAACGUCAACCAAGACAGUAUCAAAAUAACAACAAUAACAAACAAGAGAAAGAAGAAAAUUUCUCAUUAACAUCUGAUCUACGACCAGACAUACAUCAUAUUGUAUUACCAUGUAUUAAAACAGCGAGUACUAGGAAAAUAACAACUCCACCUUCUACUCCAACAUAUACGAAAGAAACAAAUUUUCAUUCAUCUAUACCAUAUUCCAAUAUAUCAUUACGAUCAUCAACUUCAAUAAUAAAACCACAACUACCACCAAUAUUUCUACCAUCAAAACGUCAAUUUCCACAUAAUGGUUCAGUUGAUCGAGAUAUUCUUCGAAGAGCUUAUGAUCGUGCUCUAUCAGAUGCUCGUAGUCGUCUCCUAACUCAUGAUCCAUAUUCAUUAGUACGAACAAAUGCUACAAAUGACGUUAAUGGAAAUCCUGAAGCUAAACGUUUAUUACAUGAACUUAUGAAAGAUUAUAAUAGAAAUGUUUUACCUGUUCCAUCAAUAAAUCAAAGAGUUAAUGUUACAUUAGGUUUAAAAUUAUCACAAUUAUCAGAUAUUGAUGAAAGAAAUCAAAUCAUGACAACAAAUGUUUGGCUUGAACAUGAAUGGACUGAUUAUAAAUUAACAUGGAUACCUAGUCAAUAUGAUGGAAUUGAUGUUGUAGAAAUUCCAUCAUCAGAUAUUUGGGUACCAGAUAUUGUUUUAUAUAAUAAUGCAGAUGGUACAUAUGAAGUGAAUACAAUAACUAAAGCUCAUGUUUUUUGGAAUGGUACAAUUAAAUGGAAUCCUCCUGUUAUAUAUAAAUCUUAUUGUGCUAUUGAUAUUGAAUAUUAUCCAUUUGAUGUACAAAAUUGUACACUGAAAUUUGGUACAUGGUCACAUGAUGGAAAUUUAGUAGAUCUUAAUCAUAAAUCGGGACAAAUUGUUGUUGCUGUUGGAGUAGAUCUUACAGAUUAUUAUCCAUCAAUUGAAUGGGAUAUUCUUUCUGCUGGUGCUGUUCGUCAUGUUGUUUUAUAUGAUUGUUGUCAAGAUGAUCCAUAUUUUGACGUAACAUUUGCAUUACUUAUUCGACGUAAACCACUUUUUUAUACAGUUAAUCUCGUUAUUCCCUGUGUUAACAUUGCAUUUCUUACAAUUCUUGUCUUCUAUUUGCCUAGCGAUUGUGGAGAAAAAUUAACAUUAUCAAUCUCAAUUUUUGUCGCACUUCAAGUUUUUUAUCUUCUCUUAGUUGAUCUUAUACCACCAACAUCUAUAAAACUUUCAUUACUUGGAACAUAUCUACUUUUUACAUUAGUACUUGUUAAUGCUUCUAUAUUUAUAACUAUAAUAACAUUAAAUAUUCAUUGGCGUCAUCCAAAUACACAUCAUAUGCCUGCAUGGGUAAAACGUUGGUUUUUCGAAAUAAUUCCACCACUUAUAUUUAUGUCUAAACCACGUAUCGCUAGUGCUAUAUUACGACCAACUACAAAUACUGAAGAAGAUGAAUCAAUUUUAUUAAAUAAUACUACUACUAGUAGUAAUACUACUAAUUUACAUAAAUUAAAUCGUUAUUUAAAAACAAUAUCAAUCGAUAAAUAUCCACCAACUAUUCAACAAGCGAUAAAAGAUAUUCGAUAUAUAAGUGAAACACAACGUGAAGCACAACAAGAUGAUUUAGAAAGAGAGGGAUGGCGAUUUAUUGCUCUUGUCAUUGAUCGGUGUUGUUUAAUAGUAUUUAUUUUUUUAACUACAAUUGGUUCAUGUCUUACUCUAUUAACGGCUCCGUCCAUGCAUACUAAAGCCGAUCCAAUUGAACGACAAUAUUCACGUCAUUAUAAUACACAUUCAAGUUAA